AUGUCGGACAAUAAAAACAAUAAUCCUCCCGAAAGGGAACAAUCUGAUACUGCUGACAGCAAUAUAGCUUCUAGCGAGGUGUCGAGUGUCGUUGGAAGUGUUAAAACUUCUAAGACAUCUCAGCGGGUUUCAUCAUCUUCAGAAAGACAAAUUAAGUUUGAGCGUGCUCAAAAGUGCCUGGAGAAUGCAGCACUUGUGUCAAAGAGGAUUAAAGAACACCGCAAGGCAACUGCAGAACUACUGGGAAGGCCGUUUGAGGAUGACGAUGGCGGUGAUACGGCUUCUGAAUUGGCUUCCACCGUGAGUGAAAGAACUGGCUACUCGGUUGCAACUGACACCUCCACUACUCUGUCAGUCCAGGAUGCUUUGAACAUUCCUGGCAUUAGUGAGAGCUUAGCGAAUACUCUGAAACAAAAAGAGCUGUUAAUGGAAAGGAUAAGACAAUAUAAAGAAAUUAGCAAGAAACCGAUGACCAAACCAACAACAAUACGGAGGGAAUCUACUGUUGAUACUAAAGUCGAAGUAAAAAAGGUCCAACCAGCAGAUAGCAGUAAUGUGACACAACUUUUAAACACAAUCAAGGAGAAAGAAAAUUCUCUAAGUGUGAUGCAAGUAAAAAUAAGAGCUAUGGAAACCACAAUCCUAGACUUACAAGAGAUGAUUAAUGAGAAAGACCAAAUCAUUGAAGCUAAAAACAAGGCAACAACACUAAUGUCGGAUACGUUAAGCAAGAAAGAGAAAGACUCCUUAAUACUACUCGAGGACACAAGGCAACAAAUGACGAAGAUGCAAGAAAACUUUAUCGCUAUGGAAACUGAAUGGAAAGAGGAAAAACAGAAUCUAUUAAAAGAAAUAGCAAUCAAAGAUGAAAAAAUCAUUAGUUUAGAAGAAGCUAAUACCAUUUUAGAAACGUCUAGGUUUGAAAUUAGUGUUGCUCAUUCAAAGUUAGCUGAAGAAUUAGAAUCAAAGAAUCUGGAGAUAUUAAGACUACAAGAGAAAAUUGAAGGUUUAUCUCAAAUACCUAUUGAUGAACCGUCUCCUAAAGAAAAGGAUGAUGUUGAGGAGGAAAAGGGUUCUCUCGAAAUAGCUGGUAUGGCUGAGUUGACCAAGAAAAUCGAGUUACUGGAGCAACUGAACUGCCAAAUUAGACAAACAAAUAAAGAGCUAGAAAAUAAACUAGCAACUGUUAACACUGAACCUAAGUCGCCAAGUACUGCUGCUGCAGGCAAAAAGGGAAGUCCACUCACAACUCGCAAGGGUGGCAGAAAUACUGCAGCCAAGAGCAAAUCUCCUUGGAGUCAACUAUCAUCAGAAUCAUUACCACAGGAAACUGAUAAGAAAGCAGCAAAAAGUGAAAUAGCCAGACUAGAAAUGUUAGUACAAUCUCUCAACAAAGACAUCCUGGAAAAGGAAUAUGCAAUUUCAGAAAAGGAUGCAUUGAUAACUCAACUCCAAAAUGUACCUGUUGAGAAGGAACAGAAGAAGACUGUUGAAAUGGUGGACAUUGGUUUAUGUACGGACAUUCCAGAAGAUAAUAAGCUUAGCACUCAGGGCGAAGUAGAAACGCAAGAUUCCAGUGUUGAAUUGAAAUCAACUAAUGAAGAACUGUCUAUAAAUGAACUUCAAGAAAAAUUAAAAGCUGCUGAAGAGCAAAUAGUGACCCUUAAUAAUGAGAUUGAUGCAGCUAACAAAAACAUGAUUAAGGUCAAAUCUAACAAUAAAUUGAAAUUGAAACAAUUGCAAAAGACCAUUGAUAACUUCAGUAAAGUUUCUGAUACAAACGCUGAGAUCGUUAAGUUAAAUGAAGAGAUACAUCAACUGUCUCAGAAAGUCGCCGAACUGGAAGAGGAGAAGGGUAAUCUACAACUACAUCUCGUGGAUUACGAUAGUGGACGACUCACGGAUUCUGACAUCUAUAAGAAGAUGGUUGAAAUGGAAAAUUUAGCAGAAACAAGACUGAAGGCUAUCAGUGUUUUGGAGACACAGAAGUUUGACCUGGUCCAAGAGCUGCAUAUCUUGCAACAGAAGAAUGAUGAGAUGGAGGACAAACUAGCCGAUAUUUCACAACUCCAAAGUGAACAUGUCUGUACUGAGAUGAAGUCUGUACAGAUGGAAGAACAGAUAGAUGAGCUGACAGCUGCUAAAAAAGAACUAGAACUAGUUGUAGAAAACUUAAAACUAGACAAAGAACACUUGAAUGACACUAUCAAACAUCUUCAAGACGACAAGGAGGAGAUGGCACAUAAAUUAGAAAACUACAUUCAAGAAAACAUGGAACUCACUGACAAACUUGAAAAAUUGAGUGCAGAAAAAGUUAGUUCUGCUGAAUCAAUUGAAAUUGUGGAAUCUUUAACAACUCAAGAAAAACUUGAACUUGAAGAAUACAACAAAGGUAUUAUUGAAGAUAAAGGUGACGACCAUCAUCAGGACCAUGUAGAAUCACAAAAUGAUAAGAAUAUUGAUAGCUUGAUAGAACAGAGGGAAGAAUUAAACACUAAAAUCGAAUUAUUUACGCAAGAAAGACAAGAAGUUAUGGAAAAAAUGAGUAAAAUUGGUUCAGAAAAUGAAUCUUUACUAGAGAAAAUAAGUGAAUUAAAUAAUCAAUGCAGUAUUUUGCAAAGCAGUAUUGAUCUACUUAAUAAUGAGAAGCAAGAGCUUCAGGGUCUGAAUCAAGAUCUUUCACAUCAAAUCGAAGAACUGAAACGCGAGAGAAUAGAAAUUAUGAAAGAAACUGCUGAGACUGCCAAGCCAGUUACUGAAGAUGUGACUGAUGGUGUACCGGUCGAGACACACCAUGACGAUAAAUCGGCUGGUGAUAAGGGAACAAAAGGAGCUAAGUCAGUUAAACAACUUACCAAGGAAAUACUUAAACUGAAAAAUACUAUUAAAGAGAGAGAAGAUGAAAUAGCUGAUUGUCAGAUGAAGAUACUGUCUAUGGAGGAACAGCAACAGAAACAAAAAGAGUUAUUACAAACAAAUGCGUCUUAUGAGAGUAAAAUAAAGUCUUUAGUUGAUGAAAAUAUGCAUUUGAAACAAGAUUUAGAAGUAAUAAAGAAGGAAACUGAAUCUAAAGAACAAGUAAUGAGACUUAAACAAUCAAAUGAAGAACUACAUCAAGAAUUACAGAAAGUACAUCAAGAGUAUGCUGUGACCGUCGGUUACCGUGACGCUAAAAUUAAUGAACUUGAAAAUGUCUUAUUAGAAUAUGAAAAGCAGAUGUUUAACUAUGGAAAUAGUUUACAACAAAAAGACAAGGAGAUGGCAGAAUAUAUUAAUCAAAUAACCAAACUGAAUGAUGUUUCACAGAAACUAAAAUCUACCAUUGAAUUGCUUGAAGAAGAGAAAGCUAAGGAUCAGAACGCAGAACUUGUGAAAGCACUCAAUAAACAAAUAGCAGCUUGUCAGAAGAAAAUGGCUGACAAUGAAGAGAAGAUAAAGAUUUUAGAAGAUGAGAAGGUUCAACUACAAUGUCAUAAAGGUGAAUUAGUUAAUAAAAACACAACUCUUGAAGCAGAAUUGAAAAAAUUAAAAGAAUCGUUUACUGAGAAACAAACUCUUAUCAAAGAAUUACAAACACAACAACAGAAGCAUUCAGCUGAAAUGUCCUCCAUAAAGCUUCAAAUUAUAGAAAAAGAUGAAGAAAUUCACGAAAUUAAGCUUCAACUUCGAAAAGAAUCGAUUGAAAAUGAAAAGUUGCGUGAUAAUAUUGUAGACAAGGAGAAACAGGUAGAAGAGUUGACACAACAAAUUGAAGAGACCAAAGAAAAGCUAAACAACUUGUCUUCAGAAAAGAGCAACUCAUCCGAACAGUUUGUGGCGCUCGAGACCAAAAAUAAAGAAUUAAUGGAAAAAUUAAAGAAAUUUGCUAUAAGUAUUAAAAAGAAAUCAUCCUUGUACACUGAGCUUGAAGCACUUUAUGAAGAAAGUCAAAAGCAGCUUUCUACUCGGAAUGAGCAACUCGAGCAGUUAACAAUACAGGUUGAGACGCUCCCAGCAUUACAAGAGAAGUUGAAGCAUGCUGAGGAAGAGAUGAACAGGUUGCAAUCACAAAAAGUUUCACUCGAACAGCAGAGGACCCAAGAUAUUAAUCAGCUCCAAGCUGAAAUCAAAGCUUUACAAGAAAGACUGAUCAUGUCUUCCCAAGAAAUAACUCACUUGAACGAUUCCGUGAACGUUUUACACAAAGACUUACACUUUGCACGCGAAGAAAAUGCCCAUUUCAAGGCACAGAUUGAUGCAUUAAAUAAUAAGUUAGUAGAAUAUGAAAUUGAACAGAAAAACAAUUCUAAUUUAAUAACUAAAAUAUCCAGCUUAGAGGCGGAUAUUGCUCAAAAACAAAAUCAAAUAGCUGAGUUAUUAACUAAAGUAGAACAUCAUGAACAACAACAAACACAAGUGCAAUUUGGAUAUGACGCUAAAGUUCAAGAACGAGAUUUGUAUAUAGAAAACUUAGAAACAGAAAUUAGCAAGUAUAAGAACCGCAUAUGUCGCCUCGAAGAGAGUAUUUCUGUAAUGGAAGAUAGCAGACAUUCACUAGAACGGAAAGCUGAUCAAUUAGGCAGUCAACUCCAAGAGAAACAAAAGGCGUACACAGAAUAUACAAGCCAAGAAGACGAGUUAGUGGGACGACUAGCAGUGCUGAUGGAUCACGAUAGGGUUCUUGAGAAACAGCUCUUUGAAAUUGAAAAUGAAAAUAAAGAAUUACAAUAUAAAGUUCAACAUUUCAAUGAAGACAAUCAAAAACUACGAAAAGCGCUUUCUGAAAUACAGGAGCAUUACAGUGUGGUUCUUGACAAAGCCAAUAAACUAGAUCCGGUGGAAUCCGAAUUGUCCAAAUGCCAGGUACAGCUUCGUGAACUCGAAGCGAAUCUGAAAAAAAUAACACACGAUUAUCAGUCUUUAAUAUCGAAGAAGAGGCAAGAAAUAGAAGAACUCGAAUCUGAAUUCAACACUCAAAUUGAAAAUGCUAUUAAAGAAAAGAAAGUAUUGAGCGAGAAAUAUGAGAAAGUAAAUGAACGCACAUCUCAAUUAGAAACUAAACUUCUCGAAUAUAAAACGAAUAUUGAGAAUCUGAAUAUAAAUAUAGAAGAACUCAACAGAAUCAACCAUGAAUUGGAAAAUAAGUCCAAAAAAGAAGAAGCUGAAACGCCAGAUUAUACAGAACAAUAUAUAACUGAAAUAAAUAAAUUAAACGCUAUUGUCAAUGCUAAAAAUCAAGAGAAUUUGGAACUUAAAAAUAUACUACAAACGCAACAAGCAACCAGUGUGUCCCUCUCGUCGAAUAUGGAGAGUCAAAUUGCAGACUUAAAUGCGAAACUAAUACAGUCUGCAGCUGCAAUAGAACAACUAACUUCAGAAAUUCAUAACUUACGAGGAGCUAAUGAGCAACUGUACACGCAACUUACUCAAAAAGAUGACCAGAUUAGAGAGUUAAAAGAUAAUCAAAAACUAACAUUCGAAAUGAACAUACCCAAAACUGAAGGCAUGAUUAUUUCAUCUACUAUUGAACAAAUAAGUGGAAACGACAAGAACAUUGAUAUGUCAGCUCUUGAAUCACAAAUAGUUUCUGGAAUGGAUGAACCGUCAAUAGAAAGCAAACAUGUGCCUAAAAAAGUAUCAGAAAACAUACAGAAACAGCCUACAGGUGACAUGGUCGUUGAAGAACCACUUAUUGUUGCUAAAAAAGCAUACGAUUGCUAUACCAAAGAUGACGAUGAUAAUGAGACUACUGAAGUAGACCCGUUCAAUUCAGAUGAAGGUUGGGGAUUAGGUGAAUGCGACGAACCUAGUGAAGUAACGCCUGGUUCUUCACAUUUCAUAGAGCAGAUCAAUCAACUCCAGAGAGAAAAUGACACUUUGAAAACUGAACUUGAAAUAAGCAAUACGAAACUGCAAAAAGCUUUGAUAAAAUUAAAAGAAUUCAAAGCAAGCAACGUUUUGCUUACUAAUGAGCUCAAAUUAGCUAAACAAAUGUCUCAGUCCUCCUUCUUCGACAAUGCUAUGGAGGAUGAAUUAAGAAUGAAUGUUCAAGAAUUAGAAAAGAAAAUUGAGGAACUCAACACAGAAAUUAUGAAAGAAAAACGAGAUAAAGAAUCACUGAGAAAACAGAACGAAGUCUUCCACAACGCUAAUGAUAGACUGACUGAAAUGAAAGAGAAAUUAGAUAACGAAAUAGAAUUAUGGAAAUUUAAAUUCAAAGAAGCAAAUGACAAACUUUCUUCCAUGCAAUGGGGUGGGGACGCAAAGGAAUCACAGCCACAUGAGCAGUCUCAUGUACAAAAUAUAGAUGAAAAUAAAUACAAAGAAGAGCUUAUAAAAAUUGAAAAGGAAAAUGAUGAAUUGCAGUCAGCGUUAGAGGAAUUGAAUUCUCAAAAUAAUGAAUAUGUAUUACAACAGACACAGUUGAAGAAUGAAAUCAGUAAUCUUCACAACCAAUUACAACACCAUCAAAGCGUAACUCAAAACUACGAAGUACUUAAAAGCCAACUUGACGAAAUGCAAAAAAGCAACGAAGAACUAAUUCAAACAAAUGAGAGAUUAACUGAAAAGUUGCAAGACAUUGAAAAGCAGUACAAUGACUUGACACAGAGUUAUGACAAAUUGAAUGUUAGCAUUGAUGAAGUGAAAAGUAAUUAUGAACAAGAAAAGGCUGUAUUAUUAGACAGACAUUCCAGUUUAGAAGAGGAAGUAGUUAGAUUACAGCAACAAGAUUCUGAAUCUAAAACUCAAAUAUCUUCUCUAUAUUCGGAGCUAGAAAAUGUUAAAUCAAAAUUGCUCUUCCAUGAGGAACAAGAGGGCGUGAAUAGAUUACAGAGUGUGGAUAGUUUAGCAGUUGCUGAAAAAUUUAGUGCCAUGGAACAACACUGUAUGCAAUUAAAACAUGAGCUGGAUGAGGCUAACUCCAAAAUUUUACAAUUAGAAUCUGAAAACCAAGAGCUGAUACAGAAAUCCACAGAAUAUCAGGAACAAAUUAACGAUUUAAAUAUCAAAAUGCAAAACCUGAAUGGUGAGAAUGACAACCUACUGUCGACUGUUGCUGAACUACGUUCUUCAGUUUCAAGUGCCAUUGAUCAACGUGGCUUUGAAAUAGCAGAACUCUGGAAGCAACAUUUGGCUCAACGAGAAGCCGACUUCCAAAAAAUAGAAUCAGAUCUGAGAACUCAAUUAAAUGCUUCCGAGGCAAAAUAUGAGCAGCUACUUGAAAAUGUUCAGUCUUCCAACCAAGAAGAAACUAGUAAACUAAUUGUUAUUGAACAAGUUACGUCUUUACAAAGCAAACUAGAAGACAAAGAGGAACAUGUCCGUAACUUACAAGUUAAAUAUGCUGAAGUCAUGAACCAAUUAGAUAUGCUUCGAUCAGAAAUGGAAGAUGAAAAAGUUGGACAUGAAAAUAAAUUACUAGAACAACAGGAAGAGUAUGAGAAAAUGAUACAAGAAAUUACUGUAAAACAUCAUAAACACAAUGAAUCAUAUGACGAAACUUUCAAAAAUAUGCAAAACGAAAUAAUUGCACUUAAGACAAAUAAUGAUGAGCUGAACCAAGUUAUUGAAGAUUUACAAAGUAAAUUAAAAGAGUCUGAAGAGAGUGUCAUAGAAGCUACUAACCAACUUCGACUGAAAGAGAGUGAAAUAUAUCAAAAGACUCAUGACUACACCAUAACGUUAACACAAAGGAAUGAAGAGUUUGAGAAUGUUAGGAAGCAAUUGAUUGAGUAUGAAAAACGUGUGGAAGAUUUAAGUUAUGAAAAAGAAUCUGAAUUAGCUCUACUCCGAUUAAAAAUGCAUGAUAAUGAGACCCGCUAUGAGAAUAUGAGAAGUGAAGCUGUCUCAGAAAGAGAAAAACUGAUAGAAGAACUUAACGCUAAAAUAGUUGAAUGUACAAAUCUCAAUAAACAAAUAGUUGAUUUGAAUCAAGAAUUGGAAAGUAAUUCCGCGAAGGCUACAGAAAUGCAAGCUGCAUUAGAAAAUCAAGAAAUAGAAAUAGUUGGUCUAAAUGAUGAGAUCACGAAUUUACAGAAUCUGCUGAAAUCGUCGAGUGCUAAGGUACAAAAACAUGUAUCGUUUGCGUCCGACACGAAGCCAGGUGCUGAAGGAGAGCAAACUGAAAAUUUAUUAAACAAAGACUUGCUGGACGCUGUUCCACGAGCCGAACUAGACUUGGCAUUAUACAUGUUGCACCAGAGAGACGUUCGGUGCGAAGAACUGACCAUGGAGCUGACACAAUUGUUAGAAGAGAGAGAUACGUUACAGUUGCGCUUGUCCGACUGUUUACGAUUAAAUGAGGAUUUGAAGAACAAGUUCAAAAUGGCUGGUAUCGAUGAGUCAAUGAAUUCGAGCCAAGAAACAAUAUCAGAACAACCGAGCUUUACAGUAGAGAGGGAGUUUGUUGACAUCCACCGCGGGCAGACGUCGCGAAGUAGUAGUAUAAGUGAUCCGGAUGGAGAAAAGCCAAAGCUGCAGGCGAAGUUAACGGAGCUCCGUUCUGUGAAGCACAGCCGGGACGUGCGACUGCGACAGGAAAGCGAGCAGCGUCAGUUGGACCUACGACUGCUGCAGCGCGACGUCGCCCACCUACCGCCGGAGGCCGUCGACCAACUUGCCCAAGCGCAUCAUACACUCUCUCGAGAUUCCCAGAGCACGUCAACAGUUCUGCUAAAUUGGCUUCGAGGGAAAAGUACGCCGAAAGUAGUCCACAUGUGA